UCGAGCUGCAGGUUCACACAUCCUCCUAUCAGUCUGCAGGACAGGACAGCGCGCGCUUGCUCUCUCGCUCUGUGUGUACAGGUCUAUCUGUCUAUCUCUCUUUCUCGCUGCGUGUUGGUCGCCUCCAGCCGGUCGUCAUGCUGCCCAGUGUGCUCGCCCCGUGCGUGCUGUGUCCGGCUCUGCGCGCGCCCCGGGCCGCGCCGUCCUUUCUGAUGGAGGAGCUUUUACGUAUCUCGCCUCCCUCCAGCUGCUCCAGCGCGGUCCCGGGCCCCAGGGCCUCCCCACCGGCUCCCGGGGCCACCAGCCUGAGCCCCCUCGGCUCCCUCAGCCCUCUGAACCCCGGUCAUGCGCACUCUCCCGCGCCCAAAUGCAGCAGCUCCCCGCGCGCCGGAGAGCAGGGCUACCUGAAGUUCGGAGUGAACGCGAUCCUGGCACCUUCCACCAGAAACGCACCGUCUCCACCUACAAUCCAUGGCAUGGCCAAAGAAUUCCCCUUCCCUUAUUUUCAUUCUUCAUUCCAUCCAUUCAUCAGGACGUCUUAUUUCCCAGCAUCCACCUCUGUGGUUCCUAUUCCCGGAACCUUCUCGUGGCCGCUGACGGCGAGGGGAAAGCCCAGGAGAGGGAUGCUGAGGAGGGCCGUCUUCUCGGACGUGCAGAGAAAAGCAUUAGAGAGAAUGUUCCAGAAACAGAAGUACAUCAGCAAGCCGGACAGAAAGAAGCUGGCAACGAAACUGGGCCUGAAAGACUCACAGGUGAAGAUCUGGUUCCAGAACCGCAGGAUGAAAUGGAGGAACUCCAAAGAAAGAGAGCUGCUCUCCUCCGGCGGCUGCCGGGAACAAACUCUGCCCACAAAGGCCAACCCUAACCCGGACCUGAGCGACGUGGGCGGGAAGCGGGAGCUCCACGGUGAAGAAGAGAUGAUGGUGUGUCCUCAGGGAGAGGGAUCAGACUCACCUCCAUCACCCUCCAGCAGCAAACACACAGACUUCUCAGACUCAGAGGAUGAAGAAAUCACUGUAUCAUAACCACACACACACACACACACACACACACACACACACAUUAUGUACUUAUACUUAAACACACACAGAAGUGUAAGCUGCGAGCUGCGUUCGAAACCAAUCACUACAAUCUGAUUACCAGCUGUAAUAAAAGCAGGGCAUCUGACAGGGAUGAAUGUAUUCAGAAUAUUCGGUUUAGAUGAUAAACAGUAUGAGAUUUAAGCACAUUUAAACUUAAACUUUUUGGGUUACUACUGCUGAAUAGUACCUUAUACAAAAUAAUCUGUUUAUUACAUCAUAAAGGGUUGAGAAUCAGUCCGUUUUAAGGGUUGGUUUCAUGUCAUUUGACAUAUUCUGAAUCUAGCUGUUGUACUUUACAACAUACAAACAUUCAUUUCUUGUUGAAUUGACCAAUAGAAAUGCUCCAAAAUGACUCAAAACUAAAUAUAAAACUAAACCACUGCAUUCAAUUAAAUUUUCUCUGAAAAAAAGAUGGCAGUUUGUGCUUCGUGACAAGCUAAGAAGCUAACAUGCUAACGUUGUUCACAUGACUAAACUGCACUCUGCAGUGCACUUCACUAAUGCAAAAAAGUACUAGUACUAGUACUUUCAAUUACUGUAUUUUUCACACUAAAAGGUGCACUUAAAAUCCUUUAAUUUUCCCAAAAAUCAUCAGUGCGCCUUAUAAUCCAGUUCUCCUUAUAUAAUAAUUUUACCAUUCGAGUAUUAAGGAGCAGUAAAGCCACUCAGCUGAAAUACAGCGCUAAACGCUAGCUGUUUCGCUGUUCAGAGGUUACUAAUAUUGGCCUGUAGCCUGCUGCUAACCCUGGCUAGCGCUGCUGGAGCAGCAUUAGCAUUACCCGCUAACCGCGCUAAGCACUGGCUUGUUCGCUGUUCAGAGUAUUUAGGACUAUAAAUAAAUACUAACUUAAUUUGAUGAACAUUACUAAAGCACGCCAAUCUUUUUAGCGCACAGUUUUUUGUACAAGUGGUCGAUUUCGUACGCAGCCAGGCUACACUUCUGUUAGCAGCUACGCUUUAGCUGCUUUUUUUAAGGUACUACUUUAGCUACAUUUCUCUUCUAUCUUAAAGCACGACAAAACAAAACACUGAGAGAAGUGUGUGCUGAUGGAAAAAAAGACACUACUGUUUUAGCAGAAUGCUUAUAUUCCUUCAGAAUGAGUCUCAGCUCUGACCCUCAGGCUGAGGUAAAGGAAUAGCCCACACUGUGGCUCUUUGCUGCUUUUUUUGCAGCCCUAACCCUCUUUUUUUGUACACUGCUUUGUAUGAAUAUUUUGGAAAAUGUUGUAUGGAAUGUUUUAUAGCCUAUCAAGAUUCACGCCUUUCCUGCUGUUAGAUUCUCUGUGUUUAAUCUAAAGUAUGUAGAUGCUAAAUUGUAUAAAUUAAAAGUCCUAUAUUAUUUUGUAUGUUGUUUUUAAAAAGAUGAAAUGUAUAUACUUGAAAAAAAAUAUUUUUGCAUAUUAAAACCCAAAAAUUAUAAACUGUGUGAU